CAUCAGUUUCGGAAUAUAUUCUUAAAGUCAUUCUGUGUUUUCUAAUGGAAUCAAAUCGGCAAAAUCGUCGAAAUAUGAAGGACAGUACGACAAGUAACCGAACUUAACUGCGGCAAAAAAAAUCAUGGCAGCUUUAGUUAAGGCUAUCGAGCGGAAGAGAUUCAAACAAGCCAAAUUACUUUUGAAACUUGGCGACAAUGUUAAUCAACAGGAACAAUUAUCAGGAAAAACUCCUCUCUUAGCGCUUUGUUUCUUAGAGGACGAGAAUCUAGCGUGUCGUAUGACAAGGAAGCUACUUCUUAGAGGAGCAGACGUUUGCAUGCAAGACGAACAUGGAAUGAGUCCACUCAUGCAAGCUUGUAAGCUGGGUAAAGAGAAACUAGUCAAAGUACUUAUUCAGAGCGAAGAGUGUGAUUUUGCUGCUGCAGACAAAAUGGGGAAUACUGCGCUUAUUUACUCCGUUGAUGCUGGUAACGCUGUUAUUACUAAAGCUCUCACAGAAGCAAUGAAUUCCUACGAUAUACGAGCUACUGAUAAAGCCAACAAUAACGGUGAAACUCCUCUGAUUAGAGCGAUGAAACUCAAACGAGAUGACUGCAAGGAAGUGUUAUUAAAUGAUGGGAAAGCGUCCCCUUCAGCCCGCGAUUUUGAUUUAAAACUAAACGCAAAAGAAUGGGAGAGGUAUCUAAAAGAUAUGGGCGAGGAUGAAAUAAAACCUGUAGAGGAUAAGGCGAAAAGAGUCCGCUACAGGGAACAAAAUAGAAGUUCAUGUGUGAAGUCAAGGUUCUCAUCCAUAAUUGAUUAUGGACAGGAUGUGAAGAGUUCGACUAAGCUAGGAACACAUUCAGUCAGCUCUAAUCACAACUGUAACGAUAUAAAUUCUACCAAGAGGUUUCCCCAAAGGACAAAGUCUGCUUCUUUGGUGAGUUGUAUCAACACUAACAAACGCCAAUCGACAUCUAAGAUUUUCCAUUUGGAGUCAAGUGAUGCUGUAAGGAAAAUUACUGAAAUGAAUUUUUCAGAAAAGGGAAACAGUCGAUGCUUUGAAAAACAGACGAACAAAGGCGAGAUGAUUUCAAACCAAAACAGUAAAUCAAUGAGAACCCCAGGAAGGUCAUUCGAGCGUCAUAAAUUGAAGACAUACCCAGUGAAGGAAAUGCUUCCUUCGACUGCUGCUGUCACAAAUAAACAAAAGAUGGCAUAUGAAAAGACUGGUGAAGACAGUGGAGACGGGUUAUCUUUUGGUCAAAGCCAUAUACCUCAGCUUUUUAAUCUGAUGACUCAGCAAAGGACCCAUUCAUUCCGGUCUUCGGCAAAGACACCAGCCCCCGGAGAACAGAGAAGCAAGUGGUCGGUCCGUGAAGGGAAAGAAAAUAACAGGAGAAUAUUUUCUGGAAGGAACUCAACCGCGAUGCAAAAGCAGUGUCUCUUAGGCAGAAGAUGGUCCACAGCUGAGUCUUCCCUUAUUGCGCUCGAACGAUUUCCCUUGCUUUACAGUCGUUCGGAUUUCCAGGCGUUAACUCCAGACAACCGCGUGACUUUGGAAAAAUCAGCUUUGAAAACAAGACCAAACUCUGAACUAUCAAGCCUAGAAGAGCUAGUUACAAAAGGAAAGAAUUUAAACAGAAAAUCAAAAUCACCAACUAUAUCUCCUAAUUUUUUGAGGCUAAGCAUACCUCUCUCAGCAUCCCUUCCUGACAGCAGUGGUCACGGACGGAUAAAAUCUUCCAGACCAAGAUAUACAAAGCGCAAUAGUGACCCACUCCCAGCAGAUAGAACCUUAUUAAGUGGGUCGUUGAGGACAGUGACUGCAGGCCCAGUGAUCGAGGAGAUAGAGGAAGGAGGGGAUAACGAGAUAUGA